AGGCCUUGGCGGACACAGCUGAAUUGAAUGAUGGGAAAUCGGGCCCGAAAGCGCCGCCAAGGAGAACAAGACCAAAUACAUACUUGGAAAAUAUGGAAAUAGACACGUGUGACAUGACAUGACAUUGCCCUUCUGUCAAUGGAUGGCGAAAAAGUUUCUCUCAACUGUCUACACUAUCUGCAAAUAAACACCACGCCAUGUCUCCAGGGCAGACAGGCCAAGUACCUACCUGUACCCCCUUUCCAAAUCCGAACCAACGGUUUAGAAAUCCCAUAUUCACUGUCAGUUCGAACAAGGAAAACAAAAUAAAACCAGUAUUACCACGGCCACAUGCGAGUGAAGGGCAACAUCAAGCUAUAUGUAUUCAAACAAGACCCAAGAAUACGCCUAUAUGUAUGUAUGUAUGUAUGUGUGUAUGUAUUAGGCCCCUUGCUGUUUGUUUGUUUGUUUGCCCACCAUGGAUUCCAUCCCAUCCCGACUCCUCUUGCUAUGAAGAUUGAUUUGGCUUGUCUACAUCAAAAAGAGAAAGAAAGAAGAAAAUAAAAACAAGAACCCGUAAUACCUUUCCCCACAUAUUAUUUCGUCGUGCCCCU